AUGUCUUACUAUGAUAUUGACUCCAUUUUGACUGAUGCGCAGAAACUGCCGUGUACAUUUGAGCUCGAAGUACCCGGACUCGGUAUUCUAGAGGGCAAUGCCGGUGAAGAUAUCAAAGCCGGAACCCGGAUCGAUCUUCCACUAUGGCUAGGUGAAAUGCUCUCGAUCGGAGCACGUCUAGGAACGUCCCGUCUAGUCACGCUCGACAUGCCCGAGGCACUUUCGGAGCGAGUUAUGAAUGCGCUGAAGGCAGAUCCCCGCACGCUUGACUUGCGCGCGUUAGCACCGCAUUUCUACAACCUGAGCGAACGGAUUCUUGAAAUCUUCGAGGAAGAAGAGAUGGUCGAUGUUCUCGGAGAUGCAUUCAAGAAACGAGCGGCAGAGAUCGCUGACCACGCGCACAAUUCACGUGGUGCAGUUGGUGGCGGUGUUGAUUUCCUUCGUGGGCUGGAUGAGACUGAGCGACAAUUGUUCCGCGCUGCUCAUGAUCGAGCCAAGGAGAUGCGGAUCUGGUCUGGCGAGGCGAAACCACAGGAUUUUGACUAG